GCAAAUCAUUUGGUCUCGAAUUUUUAUAGAAAACAGUCAUGAAUCCCACAAAUAAUGAAAAUAUCUCAUCAAUUUCUCGUCAAUACAUUUAUAAUUUUCCAUUUCCAUACAAACUCUGGAUAGCUGUGAAUUCAAUUUCAUGCAAAUUCAUUAAAUGGAACAUUGAUGGGACACAAAUAGAAGUCCAAUUAGUUGCAUUGGACAGCUAUCUCAAUAGUCCAAUGUCUAUUUUUACAAUCAAAAGUCGAUCUACUUUUGUCAAUCAUUUGCGUGGCUAUGCAUUUCAAUUGAUUAAAACUGAAGUAAAAGAUAUUCAAAGAGACCAACAAGGCUCACCUACUGGUUCAUUGUUAUCUCCAAUUUACAGUGAAAUUGUAAUGCAUUUUAAUCAUAUGCAUUUCCUUCGUCAUCGAAUCCAUUUGUUGGCUAACAUUAGAUUGGUUAACAGUAUUCCAUGUCCUUCGGUUUAUGAAGGAGACCAUCAAACCACUUUCAUGGACAACAAUCGAUUGGAAAAUGAUUUGUGCUUCAAACGAAUGGGAUCAGGUUCCCAAUUGUCCAAAGCACAAUUAAAACAUCAAUUGGUUUUGAAUUUUCUAUCGGAAGUUAAAACUUUGGAGUCCAAAUUGAAAGCAUCCGAAUCAAGAUCUAAAGCCAUGGAACAAGAAGGCAAUGAAGAGGAUUCUAUGAUUGAAUUGUCAGCUGAAUUAUUUGAGAAUCCACAUGAUAGUGUACUUUAUAUGGGUGAUGAACAUCGUACUGCUUAUGCUGGAUUUUAUGGCAACUGUACCAAUGAACAGGUUUUAAAAUUCUUUGGACCUUAUUUACCAAUGUAUGAGAAUGAUAAUAAUGAUGAAGGAGAGAAGCGAAUUGCAAAUUUGAAUUUACCGGGAAAACCCACCUCACAGUCAAACGGUUUUGAAAUAAAUUAUUCGGUAAAUGAAGAAACCACAAUUAUUCCAUCUGAAAAUGUAGCCCAACAAAAUGGUCCCUUGCCUUGUACACCAUUGCAACCACCACUGCAAUUUCCACAACCAAAUAUUUCACUACCAAGUGUAUCAUCUUCACUUGAACCAAUUUUCAUAACAGAAAAUGAACAAAAUGAUGAUGAAAAAGAUGAAGACAUCUUGAUGGAUGAAUUUAUCAAAUUCAAAGAACAAACUGAAAAUCAGGAAUCCACAACUGAGCCUAUUGAAAAACCAGAUAUAAAAAUGGAACAAGUCCAUAACGAACAUGAGAACGAAGAAAAUGAAACUAAUUUUAAAAAUUUCUUUAACCAAUAUCGUGAAUCUUUAAGUUUACUUUAUGAAAAACAGUAAACUAUUUAUUUGUUUUUGAUUUUUUUUUAUCUUUUUCGUUUGUUUUUAAUUUUAUUUAUUGAAGAAGUAAUUGUAUCAACAUUGUUCCUGUUUUUUAUUAUUUUUUGUUUUCUUUUUUAAUGUACAAACAUAAACAUCAGUCAUAAAGCGCUGUGUGGAAGUUUGCUGAUGUUGCCUCGUUAUUAACGCCUCGUGUGAUAUAAUAUAUUUAAAUAUAAUAAUAAUUCAUUGAUGUUAUAA